AUGUAUCUCACAAAAGCACUCGCCCUCGCCCUCCUCCACACUCUAGUCUCCGCCCAGACAGUAGUGACAACAAUCACUGAAGCACCCCCAAGUCCAACGGCAGAGCCACAGUGGACAUCAGACAACACAUUCACCUCGGCAGUCCUCAACAGCACCAAUUUCUAUCGCGGCGAGCACAAUGCGUCCUCCGUAGCGUGGAAUGAAACGCUUGCCGACUUCGCCACCGACUACCUUGACGACAUGUCGGGCGACAGCUGCGACUUUGAACACUCGGGCGGUCCCUACGGCGAGAACCUGGCCAAGGGAUACCCCAACACAACGGCGAGCGUCGAGGCGUGGGGCGAAGAGCGCGACGACUACAAUUUCAAGAAGGGCGAAUUUGACGAGGAAACGGGUCAUUUUACACAGCUUGUAUGGAAGGACACGACGGAUGUCGGAUGCGGCCGCAAGUUAUGUGGCGACGGCCAGUGGUAUCUUGUGUGCGAAUACUGGCCGAGGGGCAACGUCGUGGGUCAAUUCACAGAGGAGGUGCAAAGUCAAGAGUCGUUAGAUCCGAGGUUUUACAAGUUUCGCGGAGGAAGGGAGAAUCGCGACAAGGAUGGCCAAGCCAUGGUAAGGGUGGAGGAGCUUUUCACCUCCAUGUUCAGGUGCGAACAGUCAGGCAUCACAUACGCUGCGGGAUCCUGGGGUUAUACGGUCCUGCGCACUGCAUACUCAGAAGAGUCCAACACUCUCUGGCCGAUCGCGAUGGACAAACUCAAUCGAUGGGUUACUCAGUACUUCAUCCACGCUAACCGUCUCGUGAUGAACAAGCCCGACGGUGAGGUCAACGAGGAACUUGCACGCCGGUUCAUUCUCGAGGUCGUCGAGGACAAGGAAUCUGAGAAGCUCAAGGUUCCUGACCUUUCCAUCGCAAGCCAAGAGACCGUCCAGACACUCACGCAGGUAUUUGAGGAGUGGCGUCGCGGUGCAAUUGGUGACAUCAGUUCCGGCCUAGGAGAAAGCCCAAGAUUCUGCGACUUUCUCGUUAUCGACGAGGCCUCCGUGCGAUCUCUCGCUGCCCUUCCCGACGACCUGCCGUCGACAGAACUCGUGCCUCGCGCAGAGAGAAGGGCCCGCAACCAUAUCUGGGCCGGUGUCCACGUUUGGCUCGUCGACUCGCUAGCAGUGCGACGGUUCAGCGGCACUGAAGAUGAAGAUAACUACGACGGCUGGAUGAGGCUUAGCCCGCAUGACCUAGCGGAUGCAUGGUUCGAGAAGGUUGAAAGAUCCUCCAGCGAGAAUUGGACCUUCGAACGCGUCGAUAUACCCGAAGGGUCAGGGGAGAAGUGGUAUACUCAGCGGUAG